AUGCAGAUUUUCGUCAAGACUUUGACCGGUAAAACCAUAACAUUGGAAGUUGAAUCUUCCGAUACCAUCGACAACGUUAAGUCGAAAAUUCAAGACAAGGAAGGUAUCCCUCCAGAUCAACAAAGAUUGAUCUUUGCCGGUAAGCAGCUAGAAGACGGUAGAACGCUGUCUGAUUACAACAUUCAGAAGGAGUCCACCUUACAUCUUGUGCUAAGGCUAAGAGGUGGUAUGCAGAUCUUUGUUAAGACUUUGACCGGUAAAACCAUCACUUUAGAGGUUGAAUCCUCCGACACGAUCGAUAACGUUAAGUCGAAAAUCCAGGACAAGGAAGGUAUCCCUCCGGAUCAACAGAGGUUGAUCUUUGCCGGUAAGCAGCUAGAAGAUGGUAGAACCUUGUCUGACUACAACAUCCAAAAGGAAUCUACUCUUCACUUGGUGUUGAGACUGAGAGGUGGUAUGCAAAUUUUUGUCAAGACACUGACAGGUAAGACUAUAACCCUAGAGGUUGAAUCUUCUGACACUAUCGACAACGUUAAGUCGAAAAUUCAAGACAAGGAAGGUAUUCCUCCAGAUCAACAAAGAUUGAUUUUUGCUGGUAAGCAACUGGAAGACGGUAGAACGCUGUCUGAUUAUAACAUUCAGAAAGAGUCUACGUUGCAUUUGGUGUUGAGAUUGAGAGGUGGUAUGCAAAUUUUCGUCAAAACUCUAACAGGGAAGACUAUAACCCUAGAGGUUGAAUCUUCCGACACUAUUGACAACGUCAAAAGUAAAAUUCAAGAUAAAGAAGGUAUCCCUCCGGAUCAACAGAGAUUGAUUUUUGCUGGUAAGCAACUAGAAGAUGGUAGAACCUUGUCUGACUACAACAUCCAAAAGGAAUCUACUCUUCACUUGGUGUUGAGACUGAGAGGUGGUAUGCAAAUUUUUGUCAAGACACUGACAGGUAAGACUAUAACCCUAGAGGUUGAAUCUUCUGACACUAUUGACAACGUUAAGUCGAAAAUUCAAGACAAGGAAGGUAUUCCUCCAGACCAGCAAAGAUUGAUUUUUGCCGGUAAGCAACUAGAAGAUGGUAGAACGCUGUCGGACUACAAUAUUCAAAAGGAGUCCACUCUUCACCUUGUCUUGAGGUUGAGGGGUGGUAACUGA